CUGUGAUUUAGUAUCAGUAGCAGACACAUUCAUGCUCAUAUUGUAGAUUUAUGAGCAUAUGCAACCAGACGCAAUACAGGUGGUCUAUGAAAUCUCGUAGUAAUGGCCAAUUUGUAGAGGAAUUUAUGCCUAAAUCUUGCGAUUCUACAGCCUCGUUUCAAUAUAAUACAAAGCAAAUGACAUUAAAUUAAGUCAAAUGGUGAUUUAAAGAGCAGCGGUUUCCAAAGAGUCUGGACCCAACAUGGAGAAAAGUCAAUAAAUAACAAGUAUUGUACGUGUAAUACCUUGUAGUCAACAUGCACACGAUGGACAGGGCAUGGGACUUCAUAUUACAACCACCAGAUGUUUAUAUCCUCAGUGUGUUCAGUGUUUGUACAGAUCCUGCAGAUGUUCUCAUUUUUUAACACAUUGAUCCCCACUGUCUUGUCCCAGCUAAAAAAGGGAAAAGGUGUUACGUUUCUUGCAAGAGACACUUUCUAAUCUGGGAAUUUGUGACCUUUAGCUCUGGCACUAUCACCACCUGUUAUCAGCGGCAGCCAAUGGAGAGGGAUUGUGAGUUCAUAUAAAGAGCUUUUACAGCCCUGCAGGGUUCCAUACUACUUGGCUUGAGUAGGGGUAACACAGGGCUCUUAGCUCUCUUUCAUUCAGUGAAUACAUUCCCACCCAUAGGCAAUCCAGGCACCAUGCUGCGAGUGAGAUGUGUGAGAGGAGGAAGCAGGGGAGCUGAAGCUGUCCAUUACAUAGGAUCCAUGAUGAGUAAAGGCCUCGUCGGAUGGGUGCAGCGAACUUUCCAAAGCACCCAGGCAGCUGCAGCAACCCAAAAUGCCCGCACUGCUGAUGACACUGUCACCCAAGACAGUCCUGUCUGCUCUUACAAUGAAUGGGACCCAUUAGAGGAAGUCAUUGUGGGGAGACCAGAAAAUGCAUGUGUUCCCCCCUUUACAGUAGAAGUGAAGGCAAACACCUAUGAAAAGUAUUGGCCAUUCUACCAGAAACAUGGAGGCAAUAUAUUUCCUCCGGAACAUGUGAAGAAAGCCAUUGCGGAAAUUGAGGAAAUGUGCAAUAUUUUACGUCAUGAAGGCGUUAAUGUUCAAAGACCUGAGGUGAUGGAUUGGUCAGUUCCAUACAAAACACCUGACUUUGAAUCUACAGGUCUAUAUGCUGCUAUGCCUAGAGACAUCUUGCUGGUUGUUGGUAAUGAAAUCAUUGAAGCCCCUAUGGCAUGGAGAUCCCGCUUCUUUGAAUAUAGGGCCUAUCGUCCUCUCAUUAAAGAUUAUUUUAGACGAGGGGCAAAAUGGACCACUGCACCUAAACCAACAAUGGCUGAUGAGCUCUAUGACCAGGAAUACCCUAUCCGUACUGUAGAAGACAGACACAAGCUCGCUGCUCAAGGGAAAUUUGUUACUACAGAGUUUGAGCCCUGUUUUGAUGCUGCUGAUUUCAUGAGAGCUGGUAGAGAUAUUUUCGCACAGAGAAGCCAGGUGACAAACUAUCUUGGAAUUGAAUGGAUGCGCAGACAUCUGGCACCCGAGUACAAAGUUCAUGUCAUCUCAUUCAAGGACCCCAAUCCUAUGCACAUUGAUGCAACAUUUAAUAUUAUUGGACCAGGCCUUGUACUCUCUAAUCCAGAUCGCCCUUGCCAUCAGAUUGACCUGUUCAAGAAGGCCGGCUGGACUGUUGCCACUCCCCCCACUCCACUUAUCCCAGAUGAUCAUCCUCUUUGGAUGUCAUCGAAAUGGCUCUCCAUGAAUGUGUUAAUGCUGGAUGAGAAACGUGUAAUGGUGGAUGCCAAUGAGACUUCCAUUCACAAGAUGUUUGAGAAGUUAGGCAUUUCCACUGUUAAAGUGAGUAUUCGCCAUGCGAAUUCAUUAGGAGGUGGAUUCCACUGCUGGACCUGUGAUAUUCGCCGCCGUGGAACCCUGCAGUCAUAUUUUAGCUAAUACAGUAGCUGGAAACUUUCAAUAUAUUAGCUUUUUAGCACCUCAAUGUAUAAGCAAAGCUAUUAUUACAAUGUAGCCUUUUCCAUGUGACCUGCUUUAAAUUACAAGCUCUUCUGGGAUUUACCAAGAAAUGUUAUUGUUUUCGCCCUCCAAAUUACGCUUCUUUAAGACCAAAAAUUGCCGACUUAAAACAUUUUUUGACAUGUUACGUUUGCAUUUAAGAAUGGGUUAAAAAAUCCAGUCGUUUAGGACUGCAAGGUGAGAAGAAUGGGUGCACCAAUUUUAUCUGUCUACCUCUGUCUUAUCAUAAAGGCACCUGUGAAUUUAUCAUGUAACUUACCUUUUUUAUCCAGUAUUCUCUAUCUUAGGGGGGUCAUAGACAGGGAUCCUAACUUUUUAUCAGAUUUAUUUUUAUUUCUUAUUUUUUUCCAGAAACAGCCUUGGUGUUUUGUAACAUUCUGUUCUAGUUUUCAUAAAAAAUGAACCUCUUUGCUUUUUUAACCUGCGUGAGUCUUCUUUUAACCGCCUCUUAGUUCAAGUAACUCAAUGUGGUGCUGGUGCUAUUACUGUUUAUUAUUUUCAUCAACAGUGACACCUAGAGGUCACAGAAAGCUGCUACAGCCUUAAAUACCAAAAGAAAGAGCACAAAGGAACUUUUUCUAUAAACCACCCGUCAGUCAUUUUAUGGACUGAACCAAUACCAAUGGGAUACCUUUGGAAUUACUAGUGACCCCCAAUGGCCAAGCUGUAUUCUCUAGAUCAGUGGUCUCCA